AGUCUGAAUACAUGGAAUUUUACAACGUGCAGUUGGGAAACAAGGCAAGAUUCUGGAAGCAGGAAGUGAACUCAGUCCGUGGAAUUUCACCUAAAACACAAUCAAAACUUCAUCAAAAUGUCUCGAAUGCGACAUGCACCGGCACCUCAGUCGACAGUCCAGCAACAAAUUCAGGAGGAUUGGGCCAACAGAGAAUACAUCGAAGUCAUCACAACAAACAUCAAGAAAAUUGCUGACUUCCUCAAUUCUUUUGAUACAUCAUGUCGAUCCAGAUUAGCCAUGCUGAAUGAGAAGCUGACAUCUCUCGAGAGACAGAUAGAGUAUCUUGAAGCAAGAGUCACAAAAGGAGAAACACUGACAUGAGGAAGCCAAUGAAGUCUGGAGAUUUAAGCUCACGGUUGUGGAAAUGUACAUAUAUUGUGGUAUUUGUAGUCCGGAAAAUAUCCAGUGAGAGUCCUUAUCUGCUAGACAAACUUUACGUCGGCUUAUCUUUAGUUUCCUUUCAUACAGAUUUACCCAGCUCAAAACUUUCUUUUGCUAAAAGUAGGCUGCUACAAAUAAUGGGGUGUAUAAUAGACCAUGUGUCUAUCGCCGUGGGUUGCCAAACUAUGGAAGGUCCAACACUGCAAAAAUGAAGAAAAGUUAUUGAUUACAAAAAACAUUGACUGUUGAAAAUACAAAAUUAUCAACAAACGCUACAAAAUAAUUCCUGAACAUGCCUUUUUCUUAUGUAAUGAGGGUGUUAUGAGGACUUUUUUGGAAAAAAUAUGUUGCCAACCACAGCUUCAAUUUAUGUGCUUUCGGCAUCCCAUACAAAAUGGCCCUCAAUGUUUACAACAAUAGUCAAGAGCAUUAUGGACCUUUGUUGUGCCUUCUGGGAGCCAGACAAAAUGGCUGCUAGGUUAAAACUUCUUAGCAUAAACAUUCCAGGGGCCAAUUUCCACAGAGCUGCUAGGCACGGAAAAUUGCUGAUCACAGAAAAAAAAAGGUCACUAGAAAUGAGUUGCCAACCAUGUGAUAUGCAGUGUUGUAGUCGAGUACUUUU